AUGGCCAAACGUUUGAGUGGACUCCAAAAGGAGGUGAUUCACCUCUACAGAGGAUGUAUAAGAGUAGCACAUACAAAGCCAAGGCCAAACCAGCCACAUUUUGUAAGCUACAUCCGUGAAGAGUUCGGCAAAUAUAAAGGACUACCCAAGAAGGAUUUCACAGCUAUUGAACAUCUACUGAGAGUGGGUCAUAAGAGAAAAGAUCUCUAUUCUCAGCCCGAGUUGAAGGACAUUCAUUAA